UCUCAAAAAAACAAAAUUUUAUAAAUCCAAUUGAAUAUAUUUUCUAAUUCAAAAUUUUAAAAUAGUGAAUAAACUAAUAGAUCGGCAUUUUUUUAAAAAUGUGGCUGUAGUUUUUUGUACACUUCACCUAAAAAUUUUCUUACUGUUUUUUACUUUCUAAAAAUAGAAAAAAAUUAAUUACAAAAGAGAGAAAAGUCAACAUUUUACAAAAAAAAAAAUUCAAUUUUGAAAAAAAUUCAGAUUAGGUUAAAAAAUGAAUUGGGAAAAAUUCCGUGAAACUGGGUGCCCAGACGACACCACAAUGUCGUCUUCUCCGAUCUCGUCAGAGACGACGGCUGUAUCCAAAGAAAUCGAUCCAAAUUACGUAUUAAUGGUUGCUGAUUUCUUCAAAGCUAUUUCCCCAGACUCCUCUUGCAACGAUUUCACCUCUUUCGAUUCUUUCUCUGUCUUAUUUCAAAGCAACACCAGAGCUCUCUCCAUCUCACGCGGCCGUGUCUCGUGCUCCGUCAUCGUCACGCCAGGCAUAGCCAAUUUCUUUAAUGGGUUACAUGGAGGAGCAGUGGCAUCAAUUGCAGAGAGAGUAGCGAUGGCUUGUGUGAAAACUGUUGUGUCUGAAGACAAACAGCUGUUCCUUGGUGAAUUGAGUAUGUCUUAUCUCUCUUCUGCUUCUAUUUCGAGUGAAUUGGUUGUGGAGGGAUCGGUGGUGAGGACUGGGAGGAAUCUGUCGGUGGUGACUGUUGAGUUCAAGAUCAAGGAGACCAUGAAAGUCACUUACCUAUCUCGUGCUACUUUUUACCAUUCUCUCAUCUCAAAGCUUUAAGCUUUUUGACAUGCUCAGAGAUCUUAAAAUCAGAGCUUUUGUUGAUUCUUUUUACAUUCUUCUAUUCAAUAAAACAAGAUUCUGUAUACA